CGACAGUUCGUUCAUGUGUUACGUCAAAACUCAAGGUUGCAGCUGUGCGCAUGUUGUAUAAAAACUAAUUGGAAUCCAGUUAAAUAAAUUAGUCUCAGUAUUUAAUGCUGACUCGCGCGUUGCGGUAUUGUUCGAACUACCUUAACAAAAUGGUUCCUGAAGUAGUAUUCGUGUUGGGUGCUCCUGGUUCCGGCAAAGGAACGCAGUGUUCACUAAUUUCUAAAGAAUAUGAUUUUGUUCAUCUAUCCGCUGGCGAUUUGUUACGGGAGGAGCGCCAGAGGCCAGGAUCCGAAUACGGAGAGAUGAUAGAGGAAAAAAUUCGGAAUGGCGAGAUUGUGCCUGUAGAGGUUACGUGCUCCCUCAUCCACAAAGCUAUGCAGAACUCCGGCAAGCAGCGCUUCCUUGUUGACGGCUUCCCGCGCAACAAGGACAAUCUAGACGGCUGGGAGCGCGUCAUGUCCGACAAGACCAAGCUGCUGUUUGUACUGUUCUUCGAGUGCUCGCGAGAUAUCUGCACGGAGCGGUGCCUGGGGCGCGGCGCGGCGGGCAGCGGCCGCUCCGACGACAACCUGGAGAGCUUGCACAAGAGGUUCAACACCUAUGUGAAUGAUACCUUGCCGAUCAUCAACCACUUUGACGCCCUGGGCCUGGUGCGCAGGAUCAAUGCAGAGGUAUCCCCAACUGAUGUGUUCCAAGAUGUGAAAACUGCAUUUGAUAAUGUUGGAAUGCAGAGGAUAGCCAACUAAUUCAUUAAACAUAAGUAGGUCAAUCUUGAGCUGUGAAUAUUGCAGUUUAUUGCCCUGUCAUAGUAAUAUUGAUGUUAUUUAAUUAAACAAGUGAGCUUUAAAUGCUAAAUAACUGGCUAAUGAUAGAAACACACCAAAAUAUAUUUAAGCAAAGCUAUCCAGCUUUAUACUUUAAGGUUUAAUAUCAAAACUGAAUACUGCAGCGUAUGCAUCACACUUCAAGGUCUCAGGACUGUUUGCCAUAACAACAUUAAGUUUGACCUUCACAUGAAAAUAUACUUCAGUCAUAUCUGUACUAUUAAGAUAAAUGAAUUGCUGAAUAAUUGAGCAAUUAAAAUAAUAGUAGUAAUAUCUGCAUGUUGUUAGCAACCAAAAAUUAUGAUGAUAAAAUUUUCGAUAAAUAAAUUUUGAGCUGAAAUUAAUUGUAUUCUUAUUUUUUUUCGUAAUUAUGCAUAGUUUUUAAGUUUUUAGUUUAAUCAUUGAGCCAAAAUUUUCAAGUCAAGUCAAGUUACAAAUUCCAUUAAAUAAUUUCACAAUUGACUUGCUCUAGUAAAUGAUAAAGAUUAACGUUAUUUAUUGUAGCGUAGUGUUUAAUCAACUAAAUUAUGGAUGACACUGCAGUGACUAAAAAUAAUAAUUUGUCAUGUUCUUUUUAUCAGAUUGACAUUGAUAAAAUAAGUUUAUCGUAGUUUAAUAUUAUUUUUAUUUAUUUAUGUAUGUUUAUAGUAGCAAUACCUAUGCUAUGUAAUAAUUAUUGAUGUAGAUACUAUUUCAUUUUUAAUUACAUUUUCUGAAAACUUAUUCAAAUUGGAUUAGCAACUGUACUUAGAUGUGAUGCCUUAGCUUAGCAAGUUCAAUAGUAGUACAAAAGUUUAUUCUACAUAUACAUAAUAUUUGAAGCUGAAACAUAAAACAAGCAUUUUCUCUUGUAACUAUAAUAAGUAUUUAUAUUAAAGUGCAUUAUGUGUAACUGUAUGUCAAAGACACAUUCCUCAGUUUUGUCAUAACAUAGCUAGCCCAAUGUGAAGUGUAACACUUAGAUUGUUGUUAAAUAAGUAGACAAUGUGGAAGUGAAUACAAUAUUUAUUGUUUUA